GUCGGACGGCGGGUGGGGACAGGGAGGGUUCGGUGCGCAUCAGCAUGGGCUGAUCAUGUAAAUUGCGCGCGCGCGCGCGGGUGAGGGCGGGCGCUGUUGAUGUGAUGUGAUGCGAUGUGAUGGUGAUGGUGAUGGUGAUGUGGUGGGCACGGGCGCUGAUGGUGAUGGUGGAGUGAUGGUGUGGUGAUGGGCAUUGGAGGUAGGGGUUGAUGGGUCCGCGCGGGCGGGGUUGGGCGCGUGUUUCGGGCUGCUGGCGUGCUGGGUGCUGGGUACUUGCGGCGUGCGUGUGUGCUCGGUUUCGCCGCGGGCCGCGCGCGCUCCUUUGUUCGUUUCUGCUUCGUUCCGCCGUCCACGCCUGGCCUCUGCCGCCUCACCGUCUCACCGCCAUUCCCGCCCCGCCUCACCGCCUCUUCCGCCCCGUCUCGUCUCGUCUCGUCUCGAAUCUCGUUUUUUUUCCGGUUUUGCCACUGUAUCCAUUCUGCGUCCCCCCCCUCCGCCUCUCCGUCGCCCCCGCGAUCUGCGACUCAUGAUGUACGACUCACGGCUCCGACUCCCAACUCGUCUGCUUCUUCCGCCCCCCUCCCUUGCUCUCGUCCUCCUCCCCGUCCCCAUUUGCAUCCUCGUCCUCGUCAUGCCGUCCGCUCUGAUGCUGCGUCGCACGGCGCUUGCGUGGCUGAUGAUGUUCACGUUCACGAUCUUCCCCUCCCUCGGCACCCGACUCUCGAUCGCGCGCUCUCGAAGUAGAAGCCGGUGAUCGCCACAUCUGCCCCGCGCCCCUUCGUCUUCACGCCUUUCCGUCUGCGACUGUUUCCCCACGGUACCCUAUCAUACGCCUGGACAUCGCGUCCGCCGCGGAUUUUUGUCUCAUCCAUCUCGUCUCGUCUCAUUCCGUUCGCUCUCGCUCUCGGUCCCGCUCGUGAUCUACGUGUUUUUUUUUUUCACUUUUUUUCACUUCUUCUCUCACUCUUACUUUUUCUCCCUGCUGUGUCUGGUCGUCGUGCUCGCCUCGCUAUAUAUCUAUUGCUUACGCCCGUGGCCCUGCUGCUCGGUUUUUCUCUCUCGUCGUGUUCGCGUCGUGGGCCCGGCGCCGCCUUUCUUGACCCGAGCGAUCGGUCGAUCGCGGGGGGCGGUCGUUUGUGUCCCGGCAUCGCCUGCGUCGUUUAUACUGCUGGUAUCAUAUACAUCUCGUCGCUCCCGUUUUCUGUCCUUUUUUGUGUCACUCUUCGUUGUCAUUCUCCUCCAUUGACGUCGUGGUCGCUCGCGACUCGGCGGACGUUUCGUGCGGCCGAAAUUGGAUCGUAUGCUGUAGCGUAGUAGCCUCCCGUAGAUAUUUCCCGGACGUGGUAUUUAUUGUACAGCGCGGCUUGAAUCUAUAUAUGAGAAAGAUG